CGCCGCCCAGAGCCUGCACCUCGGCAACGUCGUGGCCGGCGGCCCUCCGCCGCGUCUGGGGUCCCCGCACGUGGAGCGCCUGCGCCGCACCGUCCGUGGGCACCCGCGAGCCACGCUUCCCGCCUGCGGCCGUGACCGCCCCUCCCGGCGGAGGCCCCCCGCGCCCCCGCGCCCCCCGCGUCGGUCCUGCGCAGCGAGCGAUGGCCGCGGCCGCUGACAGGAGGCCCCCGCGCCUGCUCUUCGGAGACUGGCUUCUGGGGGAGGUCAGCAGCGGCCGCUACGAGGGCCUGCGGUGGCUGGACGCGGCCCGCACGCGCUUCCGCGUGCCCUGGAAGCACUUCGCGCGGAAGGACCUGGGAGAGGCUGAUUCCCGCAUCUUCAAGGCCUGGGCGGUGGCCCGCGGCAGGUGGCCGCCCAGGAGCAGCGAGGGCAGGGGCGGAGACGACCAGCUGGCCCUGGAGGGCGCGCUCCGGGCCGGCUGGAAAACCAACUUCCGCUGUGCGCUGCACAGCACCCAGCGGUUUGUGAUGCUGCAGGACAACUCAGGGGACCCCGCUGACCCGCACAAAGUGUACGCGCUCAGCUUCGAGCCUGGGGAGAGAGGUGCGGGCACUCAGAAGGGGGAGAAGGACCUGGACGACGCCCCGCCCUGGACGGGUGGGCUCCCAGGACCAUGCCUGGCAGGAGACGCUGCUGAGAGGCCAGGGCUUGGGCUGAGCCCUGAGCUCGGAGCCCCAAGCCCCCCUUUUGGCGCAGCCGACAGUGCUGGGGACCUCUUGCUCCAGGCUCUGGAGCAGAGCUGCCUGGAGGCCCACCUGCUGGAAGCCGCAUGGGUGGGGGACCCGGUGCCCCCAGAGGCUCCCGGCCUGGAGCUCCGGAACACAGAGCGGUGCCUGCCAAGGCCGGAGGUGUGUGCGGGAGUGAGGGCCUGGAGGGCCAGGUUUCAGCUUGGGCCUUCCUCCCCAAAUGCAGGCCUGGCCCUGGUCCUGGAGCCCUGGCAGCCUCCACCAGAUGUGGAGCCUUGCCCCGGGGCGGCUGCUGAGCCUGGAUCGCAGGGAGAGCCCAGCCUGAGGGCCCUGGAUGUGACCAUUAUGUACAAGGGCCGCACAGUGCUGCAGGAGGUGGUGUGGCGUCCAAGCUUCGUGUUCCUCUACGGAUCCCCAAGCGCAGCCACCACGGCCACUGAGCCCCAGCACGUGGCCUUCCCGAGCCCGGCGGAGCUCCCUGACCAGAAGCAGCUGCACUAUACGGAGAAGCUGCUGCAGCACGUGGCCCCGGGACUACAGCUGGAGCUCCGGGGCUGUAGGCUGUGGGCCCGGCGCCUGGGCAAAUGCAAGGUCUACUGGGAGGUGGGAGGGCCCCUGGGCUCUGCCAGCCCCUCCACACCCCCCUGCCUGCUGCAAAGGAACCAAGACACCCCCAUCUUCGACUUCAGCACCUUCUUCCGAGAGAUGAUGGAGUUCCGGGCUCGCCGGCGUCCAGGCUCCCCGCACUACACCAUCUACCUGGGUUUCGGGCAGGACCUGUCAGCUGGGAGGCCCAAGGAGAAGAGCCUGGUCCUGGUGAAGCUGGAGCCGUGGCUGUGCCGGGCGCACCUGGAGUGCGUGCAGCGGGAAGGGGUGUCCUCCCUGGACAGCAGCAGCCUUGGCCUCUGCCUGUCCAGCUCCAACAGCCUCUAUGAGGACCUGGAGCGCUUCCUCAUGGAGGUGCAGCAGCCCGCCUGAGGGCCGGCCCGUCUCCAAGCCAAGAAAAAGGCCUCAAGAGUCAGUGCUGGUGUCCUGCGCAGGGGUGGGCUUGGGCUCAGAAGGGGCAGCAGACUUCCGGGAGCCCCCAACACCUACAGGCCCAGGACACGAGGCGACCACCCUGCCCCCGCCCGCCCUCCUUGGUCUUCACAAUGAAGAAACAGGCCACACGCUUUAGAGCCAACAAACUCUACUCAAAGAAUACAAAACGCUCCGGGGACAGUAGGUAUCUGUCCCUGCAGGUGUGCUGGGGAGGAGGCACCACGAAUGGUCGACUCUGUGCUGUGUGCAGCCCCCUCCCCGCCGGCUUCCAGACCCACCGACACUGCGCUCUGCUCGCGGGAGGCAGCAAACACGAGCGUCACUUACAGAGCGUAACAGAGGGCUGGGCAUGGCCUUCCCUUGUUACUCCAGAAAAUAAAAUCAGGCCAUCGGCGAGAGGGGUCAAGGAGCUUCUUCCACCCGCCAGGCCCCUCCUGAUCACCAAAGCCUCUGACUUUCAAGUACUGAGUCAAUCAAGAAGUUUCUAAAGAUAAUCCAUUUUUGAUAAAUUAGAACACAAUGGAAA